GAGACAAGCCAUUUGAGAGCUGCUCGACUCCUCGUGCAGUCUGUCCUCCUAAGGCUUCAAACAAAAAGUAAGAGAAUGCUUGCUUGACAGAAGACGAAGGAGGAGACGUAUUUAAACAGACCGCAGGAAAAUGGUCAGCAAUGCAGUAAUACUGGUUCUCUUCUGUGGAGAAAUUUGGAAAUCACUUUCCACUGAAAUGCCUUUGAAUGUUUCCACAAGUGAAAGCAGUGUGCUGGGCAGUGUGCACACCAGCACCAGGAGCCCAGCACAGGACAGAUCUACCACGUACCAACUGCAAACAACCAGCCCCAGCGUGCAGAAGCCUGCAGGAGCGCUGACUGCUGGGACAACACUGCCACAGCUGCCUGAACUACACAUAGAACCCACCAAUGGGAGCUGGGUAGCAGGAAUGAUAAUAGGCAUUGUUUUGGUUGGUAUGGUAAUCGCAAUCAGUAUGAUUGCUCUAUGGAAAUGCUGCAAGAAACCAUUGCUAGCUGAUUCAAACUGGGCAGGUCAGUCUCCAUUUGCAGAUGGAGACACUCCAGAUGCCUUUAUGGACUCCAGCCAGGCUACCAAACGUUCAUCAGUUUUAUUUAUGUUGCCUUGGAAAUUAAGAGAAGAAGCAUCCACACGGCAUGACCCUCCUCCACCAGAGAACCCACCCAAUGGCACCACCAGCAACGACAGCAGGCAGCAGCUCCCAGCAGAGCACAGCUACUCUGCCACCGACACCGCUGCAGCAACGGCUCCCAGCCCAGAAGCAGUGAGCCCAGAACAGGAGCUGUGCCCCCAGCCUGCUGAGUGCCCUGAGCUGCCGCCUCCCCCCGCGUGGCUCACUGGGCCAGCAGAGCAGCACGCCUCAGAUCCUGGCCAGCAAGAGGAACUUCACUUGGAAGUGAAGGAACCGUAUCCCCCACCACUCGAUCUAAUUAUUGAAGAGACUUGUGAACCUCUGCCACAGCCAGAACUUCCUCAGUAGAUCGCCAAAAUAACUUUCCAAAAUGCUUCUCAUUUUUCUAAAAUGAAGCACUCUUCAAAUAACUGAAUAAUGGAGAAGUUGACACAGGCAAGAACAGUGAGACUGCAGCAUGAGCAGCAGCUCCCCAGCAUUUCUCAACAUCAGUUUUCACAAAAGGGAAGAACCCCCUUCUGCCUGAAACAAAUCAUGCCAGAAUACAGCACGCCCAGCGCCCCCUGCAUGGCCUAAUAGCAACUCCACUGUGCACAUAACCAACGAUUCCUGAUUUUGGACACUGCAGAAAACAGCGUGUGUGCCUCUGUGUGUCAGUACAUGCAACACACAGCUGGAUGCGGAGAGUAAAACUUUAGAAGGACCCAAGAGCUUUUUGCAGAGGUUUGUUCUGUUAGACUACACAAAAGAACGCAAUGAAUUCAAGUUAAUUUUAAUAAAGCUUUCUAAUUCGAA